GAGUGAUCACACACCACUGCCUCACCUUCUCCUCCGAUGACAGUGAUUCACAUACACAGACCAAACUAGAAUCUUUCUCCUUGAUCCAGCUUCGUCAAAAUUCAAAAGGAAGAUGAGUGAUAAAACGAAGAGAAUUCAAUCACACUUCAACGGAUCUCACCACCCUGUCGUCGAUUUCUGGCGACGAGAAGUCGGUGGAAUCUCCUCUCGCAGCUUCUCCCAUCGCUUCUCCGCCUCCGAGAAUAUGGUUAUGCGUCUAGAGAUAGACAGGAAGCUAGCGAAACACAAAGGCUGUGUGAACACAGUGAGCUUCAACGCUCAAGGAGACAUUCUUGUUUCCGGCUCUGAUGAUCGUCGUGUCUUUCUUUGGGAUUGGGAGGUCGGGAAUGUCAAGCUUUCGUUCCAUUCAGGACACUCUAAUAACGUCUUCCAGGCAAAGUUUAUGCCUUUCUCUGAUGAUCGAACCAUUGUCACCUGCGCUGCUGAUGGAAUGGUUCGGCGUGCAAAUGUUCUUGAGAGUGGGAAAGUGGAGACUGUGUUACUGGGAUUGCAUCAAGGACGAGCUCAUAAGCUUUGUAUUGAGCCAGGAAACCCACAUACCUUCUACACUUGUGGUGAAGAUGGUUUAGUACAACGAUUUGAUCUGAGGACUCAAGCACCUACAGAACUAUUCACAUGCCAAGCAGUUGAUCCUAGGAGGAGAAACAUGGAAGCCGCCCAGCUAAACGCUAUUGCAAUGGACCCUAGAAACUCCAACCUCUUGGCUGUUGGUGGGAUGGACGAGUACGCUCGUCUCUACGACAUCCGUAGAGUCCAAGGAGAUGGAGCUGCUGAUCAUUUCUGCCCUCCACACCUCAUCAGCGAUUUACACGUUGGAAUAACCGGUUUAGCCUUCUCAGAACAAAGUGAACUCCUUGUUUCAUACAACAACGAGUUCAUUUAUCUUUUCACACACGACAUGGGAUUAGGUUCUAACCCUAUUCCAUCUGAAGAUAAAGAUGAUAGCAGGAAAGAUUCAGUUCCUAUGGCUUAUAAGGGUCAUAAGAACAUUGAGACGGUCAAGGGUGUGAAUUUUUAUGGACCUAGGUCUGAAUAUGUGGUUAGUGGGUCAGACUGUGGUCGGAUAUUUAUAUGGAAGAAGAGAAGCGGAGAGCUUAUACGUGUUAUGGAAGCAGAUAGGUAUGUAGUGAACUGUAUCGAGCCUCAUCCGUAUAUACCAGUGCUUGCUAGCAGCGGUAUUGAGAAUGACAUCAAGGUAUGGACCUCAAAGGCAGCUGAGAGAGCUACGUUACCUGACAUUAACAUCGAAACGCGUAAGAGAAAGCCAAGGGGAUGGAUGUAUCGUGUGUCUUCACCACAGGAGCUGUUAGCACAACUCUUCUUUCUACAGAACAGAAGUAGAUUCAGUGAGGACAGAGGAGAGGAAGAGGAAGAAGAAGAAGCUUCUUCAUCCUCUACUGGAAGAGAACUUCUUGAUCUUAUCCUCAACUUCAAUAAUGAUGAUGAUGAAGAACGUGUGUCUGAUGAAGAUGGUGUUAGCCGUGACGACUUCUUCUCUUAAAAAAUCUGUAAUCUUUUACAGAAAACUUGUUUUGAAUAAUUUGUGUAAAUAUUCUCUUAAAGAGCUCUGUUUUUAUAAAAACCAUUGUUGCGUUUCAUUGUCAAAUAAAAAUAAAGUUUUCCUUUAUUUUUCUUAUAUAUUAAGAAAAUGAAGAUUAAU